AUGGACGUAUUUUGCAAUACAUCAGUCAUCUUCCUCUUCAUCGGGUUCGACGGAGACCAUAGAAGCCGUGCUCACGAAAGAUUAGUCGUCGAUUACUUUGCCGACGAGCCGUUGUACUUGGAGGCUAUUUUUAGACGUCGUUUCAGAAUGAGUCGUCGACUUUUCUUACGUAUAGCCGACGAUUUAGCCGCUUAUUACCCGUUUUUUACCUUGCGACACGAUGCUAGAGGCAAAAUGGGCUUCACCACCUUAAAGAAAUGCACUGCGGCGAUUCCUCAACUAGCUUAUGGGACGGCAGCCGUUGCUUGGGACGAAUACUUAAAGAUGUUCGAAAGAACUGCUAGAGAAUGUUUAUACAAGAUUUGCAAAUUUGUGGUGAGGCUCUACAGCCAAAAAUAUUUGCGAAAACCGAAUUUCAAUGACGUCCAAAAAUUGUAUCAACACCACCAAGCAACACACGGUUUUCCAGGCAUGCUCGGGAGCAUUGAUUGCAUGCAUUGGCCAUGGCGGAAUUAUCCUACCGCUUGA